UCCAAAAGAUGUCAGCAUCCUACUGUCAUUUUUCUCCCGGAGAAUCCCGUAGUUUAGACCAGUGGAACACACCAAACGAUUACUGUGUUACCAAAUGCAAAAAUGUCAUGUCCGAAUAACAUAGCUCCCGGUAACUUCCUCAUGGAUUCCUUAAUGGGAGGAUCAUCUUCCUUCAGGGGUGACAGUUAUUCCAGCAACCCCGGAAUGUACAUCCACUCAGCUGCAGAGUACGGAUAUUCAGUGAUGAGAAACAGUGGGAAGGUUGGACUGUCUUCACUCUCGAAAGGAGACGAGAUUCUUACUCCGGGCGGUGUGUCGCUCAGCGGCUUCCAGGAUGAGGCCUACCUGUCAACACAACUGGCCACAUGGACCCCAGGCUCCAAAACCUCCAGGGACGAGCAACCUGUUGCCCAGUGUUUACAACCCUGCUCGUUUCCAAUGGGUAGCGUCAAAGAGGAGGCGUUUUGUUGCCUCUACCAGGAUGACAGCAAUAAGGGGAAACAGACAACAGAGUCAGCCACUUACAUCCGGCUUGGGGACAAUAGCUGCCGGCCUCAGCAAACUGCCUCCUCUUCCAGCGGAUGUUUCAAGGUGUACAGCGGAGAGAGGCCGCCACAGGAUGGUCGGCAGUUCCCCUCCAGUUUCUCUCUGACCCACUUGGCGACAUCUGUUGAACCAUCAGCAGAAUCGACAAUAAGUCGCAGCAAAGCGAAGGAGACAGCGAGAGAGCUUUCCAAAACAGAGGAGAGUCAGAGCAGGAAGGAAGAGAAGGCCAAGAGUGACAGCUGCACAGAUAUCUCGGACGGGGAAUUAAAAGAUGAUUUGUCCGCGGAAAAGACAACGGGAAGCUGGUUAAAAGCCAAAAGUGGAAGGAAGAAGCGCUGUCCCUACACAAAGCAUCAGACGCUGGAGCUGGAAAAGGAGUUCUUGUUCAACAUGUAUCUGUCUCGGGAGCGCCGCCUGGAGAUCAGCCGGAGUAUCAACCUGACCGACAGACAGGUCAAGAUCUGGUUCCAAAACAGACGCAUGAAGCUCAAGAAGCUAAACAGGGAGAGCCGAGAAAGGGAACAGAGCGCAGUCUACAACUACUCCUGAGCAGAUAUUUAACACACACACACACACAGAC